CCUGUCUCCAAAAUGCCACAGGUGCCAAUGUGUGAAGCAACUGGCUGCAGGCUCCUCCUCCAGAGGAGGACUAUAAAACUGGUACUUACCAGGAAAUGAGAGGGACAAGAGCAUCCUCCCAUUGAGCUGAAGUGUCACCAAACCAGGGCCAUGGUGAGCACGACGGGUUUCGCAGCCGUCUUCUACAGCGAGCCGGCCGUGCUGGGCCUCCUGGCGAACGUCGUCAGCGCCUUCCUCCUCUGCCUGCAGAACUUCGCCACGGCGCACACGGGUGUCGGGCCGCAGGGAGCGCAGGAUGUCCUCGCAGGUGUCCACCUCAUCCUGAUCGGAGGCUUUGUCCAGCUCCUGGCAGGAUUUCUUGCCUUCAGGAAGUACGACCACCUCGGAGGCGCAGCCUUUCUCACCUUCUCGGCUCUGUGGAGCAGCUAUGGGGCCACACGCAUCAUCUCAGCCGCUUCUCCCCCCUUGCAGAACACAACGCUGCCCUUGGGGAACGCCAGCCACCUCCUGCCUGCCGGCACGGCCCUCACCUCCGCCAGCCAAAGUGCCGUGGCAGGGCUGGUGGCCUACAUUUCCAUUUCCUUUAUCCUCUCCUUCUGCUCAGCCACAGUGAACUACAUCAUGCCCUUCAUAUUCGGGGCCAUCGCACUUGCCCUGGUGUUUGAAGCCGUUGCACUGUUUGGCCAGUGGGCCCUGGUAGUGUCGGGGGUCAUUGAGCUUGUCAUUGUCCUCUGUGGGCUGUAUGGUGCGGUGGCCCUCCUGCUGAAGGGCAUCACACAACGGUACAUCCUUCCAGGCUUUGGGCAUCCCCUCUUCAAUGUCUUGCUACUGGGGUCAGCACAGAAGAGCUCUUCCAAGGCCAUCGGGGAAGAGAAGAAAAAGAACACAAAGUAUGCCGAGCCAAUGGCCCUAGGCAACAUCUGUGAUACUGUCUCUCCUUUUAUAUUUGCUUUUUACUCCUUCGGGUACAUGAAGACCUUCUGUGUUGGAGCAGCAUGGAUUUCCAUCAUCUCCAGCUGCCAGCUGCUGUCCAGUUUCUACAGCUACCUCAGAGGUGAUGUCUACUACACCACCAAGUUUGGUGUCCACAGCCUCUACUGGCUGGUGAUGUCUUGGGAAGAGUUCAUACUCACCGUCCUCCUCGGGCCAGGCACGGCUCAGGAGAGCAGGCUGGGAAUGUUUGGAGGGUGGUUCUUCUUGGCUGUUGCCUGCAUGCUGUUUCUGAUGUCAACCCACAAAGAUACCCUGGAGAUGUUGCAAAAUGCCUCUUUCAUCAUCCUCAUGUGCGCCUCCAUCCAUCAGAUCCCAGUGCCAGGUGCUUACCUGUUCCUCGGGGCUGCCUGCAGCCUCUGCACUGCUCUCUCGUUGUACGCCACUUUUGCCAGCCUUAUCAACUCCAUCGGGGAGAAGGCUCUGAUUCCAAUUGGCUCCCAAGCUAUGUCCAGCUCAGCUCUUCAAAACACACUGAUGGCUGCCAAAAGCUGCUUCACAAGGUCCAAGAACUUGCCAAGCAGCACCAGAGCCGAGGUGCCAGAUGCCUUGUUCUACAUCUGCAAUGGCCUGGCAGCAAUCUCUGCCAUCCAGGCGACUUUCAGUGACCCCAGCAGACAGCAACUCUCCAUACCUUCCGUGCUCAUCCCAGGAGCCAUCAUACAACUGUAUGUCUGCAGGAUCCAGGUGCAAGGAGGCAGAAGGUUUGGUUGCAUUCUCCCAUUCUGCUAUGCUGCCUUUUGGGGAGCAUGGACCUGGCUUCGGUUUGCAGGCCACUUGAUGAAUAUCGGUGCGGGGAACAGUGAAGGAUUCACUGCUGGUGCCAUUGCCUUUUUGGUGCUCAAUGCUUUUUUAAUGAUUUUAGCUUCCUCUUUCAACGUGGUGCUUCUCUGCAUGACUGCUGCAAUGGAGCUCUUGACCAUCUGUUUUCUGCUCUUUACAUUGGAGAACCUCCCUCUGCCAUUUGAAAUUGUGAUGUUAAGCAUCUUCAGCAUCAUCUGCUUCUAUGGAGCAACAGCAUCGCUGGCAAACAGCAUGUUUGGGAAGGAUCUCAUGAUGAUGGGGCCGCCUCUGUUCACAGCUGAGAGCUCUAAGAAGGACACAGAAGGUCCUCCACCCUGCAUCUGCCCCAAGUCCCACUGUACGAGUGGCUUGAGGGCCAUUGCUGACUUGCUGAACACCGGGGCGGUGUGUGGGGUCCCGACAGACACCGUGUAUGCUUUGGCAGCCUCCUGCAGACACCCUCAAGCCAUCGAGAAGGUCUACAGAAUCAAGGACAGGCCUCAAGAGAAGCCCAUCUGCAUUUUUAUUUCAAACCUGGACCAGUUGCGAGCAGCUGCUCCCCCCAUCAGCCCGCUGCUUUGGGAAUUCAUGGAAAAUGUUUACCCUGGUGGCAUUGGCUGCAUUAUCAAGAAAGGAGAGUGGCUGAAGAAGUUAGGGGUUGGAGAAGGCUACAGCAGGGUGGGAACUCAAGACAGUAUAAUGAUCAGAGUACCAGACCUGACUGUCCUGGUGCACCUCAUUGACAUGACGGGACCCUUGGCAAUCACAUCUGCUAAUCCUAGUGGAGAGGUUGACAGCACCCAUCACGACAUGGUCAUCUCGCGUCUUGGCCAUAAGCUGGAGGGUGUUCUCUGUGAUGGAGAUUCUGAUGAGGUGGUGGCAUCAACUGUGGUCAACUGCACAAAGAUUGAUGAAAGUGGCAUCACCAUCAUAAGAGAAGGCUGCAUCCCAGCAGGCAAGGUGAUGCAGAUAUUUGAAAGAGUGAAGAACAGAGUGGUCUGAAACUGAAGAAAACCCUUCUGUGUAAAAGAAUGGCAUCUGCUCUCACAGAAAGACAUGAGGCAACCUAUGCCCUGCUGGAGCACUUGGCCUCGUGAAAGCCAUACCUUCUCUAAUCAAGCACUUACCUCCUUGGGAAACAGCAGCACUUUCUCACCCAGUGUCUCUCCUGGGAGCCUUUUGCGGCUAUUUAUUGUUUAUCUCCAGUAAGUGGCUGAAACCGCCGGGAAAGCUGCCCACAGAGUGCCAGCAGGACCAGGAGCUGAUGCUUUAUUGCAGGAAUUCCCUGAGUGCCCGUGUUUCUUAAGUGCCUCGAACUGUGGACUCCAUGCCUGCUUUUAUACAACCUUCCACACACAACACUCAGAUCUGUGUAUUUUAAAGAGCUACAUUUCACUAAAUAAAUCCUCUUUUUGGAACGUAAGGAACAAGCUUUGAGUUUCAUUUGAUUUCCACCAAGCUAUUCAUCCUCCAAAAA